CGCCAAAAUUCAAAUCUCAUCAAAUGCGCACAGGAGUCUAAGGAACUGAGUUUUUCAUUCAUCCCCAUUAAAGUACAUUUUAUCACUCAACACUGCCAGAUUAACGCCAAUAAAGCACCGUCUGCACGGCUGACAUGAUAUGAAGACAGUCAUCAGCCAGAUAUUUUUGCUGUGAGCAAACAAUGAGAGAGAGCCCAAGGAGACCCAUUAUCCUGAAGAGGAGGAAGCUGCCAUUUCAGAAGAGUGGAUCUGAUGCAGGGUGUGAUGAGGCAGAUGGGCCGUGCUGCAAGACCACCCCGACCCCGUCCAUCGCCCGCUGCUUCCCCGAUGGCAUCCGCAUGAUGGACCACCCCACCAUGCCGGACACUCAGGUGGUGGUGAUCCCGAAAGCAGCCGAUCUGCAGAGCAUCAUCAGUGCCCUGACGGCCAAAGGAAAGGAGUGUGGCCCUCAGGGCCGAAACAAGUUCAUCCUGCUCAGUGGCAGCACCAGUUUGGAGGAGAGCAAAACCCUUGGGUGUCUAUCUACAGAACCCAAGGGCGAUCUCCAGAAAGUGAAAAAGGAGACAGAGUGCUUCCCACUUGAUGACAGUCUGACCAACAUCCAUUGGCUGGGAAAAAUGAGCUCUGAUGGGCUCGGAUCUGAGUCAAACCAAAAAUGCACCAGCACAGACAAUCCAAGUGACUGUCAUCAGCAGCCCAAAGCUCCAGAAAAGGAAAAGGACCCUCUGUCAGAGAGACCCCCAUAUUCCUACAUGGCUAUGAUCCAGUUUGCUAUCAACAGCAAGAAGAACCGACAAAUGACCCUGAAGGAAAUUUACACCUGGAUCGAGGACCAUUUUCCGUAUUUCAGAAAUGUUGCCAAACCCGGAUGGAAGAAUUCCAUACGUCAUAAUCUCUCACUGCAUGACAUGUUUGUCCGGGAGACAUCCCUCGAUGGAAAGAUCUCCUAUUGGACGAUUCGACCAGAAGCAAACCGCUGUCUUACUUUGGACCAAGUAUACAAGCCUUUGGUUGGCCCAGUGACCCCCACUUGCCCUCAGAUCCCACAAGUUGGUUUCAUUCAACAACAGAAGAGAGGUCCUCCGGAGCUAAAGAAAGCCAUACCUGCCAUGGGCGGCACAGAGAGGAAGAUGAAGCCGCUUCUGCCUCGGACUGACUCGUACCUGGUUCCCAUUCAGCUUCCUCUGGGUGGGUCGCUCUUCCUGCCCUCCUCCAGUCCUGCGGCUCUCGCCACUCCUCCACACGCUCCGAGCUCCUCCACUCCCCGCUCCAGCGGUGCGAGCAAGAGGGUCCGGAUUGCCCCUAAGGUCUCACAGAGCAACGUGAGCUCGGUGGUGGUGUGUGCGUCCAGCUUUCAGGACAUAAAGGAGGAGCCUGUGAGCAUGUCUGUGACUCCUGAGGCUCCGGAAGCUCUGCCCUGCAAAACCAGACUGCAAGAAAACAGCAGCUCCCGCCGCAAACAGCGUCUAGUCCUGCCAGCCACCGAGGAACCCGUCCUACUCUACCCCGACAGCACUCUCUUUGACUCGGGCGUGGUCUCCGAUGUCUCCACCUUCCAAGACACUCACGAUCUAGAGCCCCAGCUCUCCUGUAAACCCAACCCUGACAGCCCAAACAGAGAAUACACUUUUAAAACGCCCAUCAAGAGCAGCCACCCUUCCUCAUCCACACCCAGUAAGCUUCCCACAGUUCUGGAGCCCUGGAGGAUCACUCCAGUCAGGAAGGGAGGCGUGCUGGAUUUCAGCCCAAUCCGUACGCCCAGCGGGCCACAGCUCACCCCGCAAAGGCACGGACACACGCCUUUCAGCUUCAACAUCACACCUUUCAAAGAGUUGCCGCUCUUCAGCUCCCCUCGAGAGCUGCUCACCUGCUCCAGAACUUCUCCAAGACGCUCCACUCCGACCUGCUCCAGAGAGCUGCUGCAAGAGGGUGCCGCCAACCGUUCUCUCACCGAAGGCUUUGUCCUGGAUACCAUGAAUGACAGCCUGAGUAAAAUCCUAGUGGAUAUCAGCUUCCCCAACCUGGAGGAUGAUGACCUCGGCAUGGCAAACAUCAGCUGGUCCCAAUUUAUCCCGGAGCUGAAGUGAAUCCCAAUUCCUUUAUCCGAGCUGCUUACAUUUCCUUCACUGCCUUUGAUUCAUAUUUACUUGCAAUUGAUCUCUUAAGAAUUUUCUUAAUUUCUAAUGCUAUUUCACUGCGUUUUACUGUACAUGUUUGUGUUUUUUAUGUGUAGGCCUUUAUUUGCGAACAAAACUGUUAGUGACGAAUGUACUUCGAUAAUAUUAAUUUGCACAAGUUGUAAUAUAUAAAUAUGAGUGUGUGUGUGUGUGUGAGAGAGAGAGAGAGAGAGAGUGUAUUAUACGUGAACAUACAGGUUUACCAGAUUAAUUAAAUUACACUACCCAAUUUUACAGCAUUUCUUUGUUUUGGAUUGAUUUUGAACACCUUUGAUUAGCCAGAUAGACUGACAGUAAACAUAUUUUAAAGAGAAUUUGGGGACAAAAUAAACGGCCAUUCGAAUUAAAGGGAUAGUUAACCCAAAAAUGAGAAUUCUGUCAUUUACUCACCCCUCCACUUGUUCCAAACCUGAGUUUCUUCUGUUGAACACAAAAGAAUGUGUUUUGAAGAAUGUUGGUGGCCAAACAGUUGACGUAGCCAUUGUAAUAUUUGGUUACCAACAUUGUUUAGAAUUUCUUUUAUCCUCAACAGAAGAAAGAAACUCACACAGGUUUCGAAUGACUGGAGGGUGACUUAAUAAUGACAGAAUUCUCAUUUUUGGGUGGACUGUCCCUUUAAUGGUGGUCUGUUAAUUGCAGAUGGUCAUGUAAGUGUUGCACUGUACUAGAAUUUGCCACUAUUCAUCUGGAGAGAAUGGAGCCAUUUAUAACAUCCAUAAUGUGUUUUCAUGGUUACAAGCAUUUCAGAAUAGUGACUCGUCUUUGCUGCUGCUUUUUGCAUUCAUUUGUUUUUGCUAUUAGGAACGAUUUAAGACUCUUCUGAAUGUUGGAUAUGAUCAAGAUGAGACUUCAAAGAGAUUUGUGAUGAAUUACAAAGCUUUUUAUGUUCAUUUGCAUAUAAAGAGUAAUUAGUGAGCAAGCACAGAGUUCCUAAAUGCUUAGUAGACUACCAUCAAAAUGUAGCUGUUAAUUCAUGAUACAUUCAUAUUAUUGCAUUCUUCCAAUGUAAAAACAGCAAAAUGUCAAAAAUAUACAAAAACUAAAUGAUUGACAGAUGUUACACAAACAUUAAAAAUUAAGUACUAUUUACUAAUAAUUGUACAUUGAUGCACAGACAUUUAAGAAGCUGUCAAGUGCCUUGAUACUUGGAUUCUGUAAGAAUUUAAGGUCAUGUAAUAAAAAUCAACUACAUUUCUUAACUAUUUUCACAAAUAUUUUGGUGAUACAAACAAAUGUCCCAUUCAGACCCGUUGCCAUUGAAAUGAAAAAAAAAGAAAAAGGAUGUACUAUUUUUGAAGACUGUAUUAAAAUAUAAAAGUUAUCUGCUUUUUUACUGAUGUAGCAGUCUUUAACCAGAAACACCCAUGUCAUUUCCAACAAAGCAUACAAUUUGGUUUCUCUUCCGUUUGUAUGUUCUUUUUGAGAAUAAAGGGAUGUUUUGUACAAA